AUGCCUGAGUUCCUGUCACCUGGGGCACGGUUUACACUCCCCAACGCCCAGGAUCUCGAUGAAGGUGCUAACAGUGUCCAGAAUUAUACUCUGAGCCCUGACGAACAUUUCUAUUUGGAGAUGCAGAUACGCGGGGAUGGGAGUAAAUAUCCUGAAUUGGUGCUGAAGAAAGCCUUAGACAGGGAGCAGCAAGCCACUCACAGACUUGUGCUUACAGCCAAAGAUGGUGGGAACCCUCCAAAGUCUGGUGAUGUCCCGGUCAUUGUGACUGUGCUGGAUACCAAUGACAAUGCACCAGAAUUUGAGCACUCGGUCUACAGGGCGAGUAUCUUGGAAAACUCCCCCAGUGGCACUUUGGUAGCCCAAGUGCACGCCACGGACUUGGAUGAAGGUCCAAAUGGAGAGGUCAGGUAUUCCUUUAGCAAUACAACUUCUGCUGACUUACAGCAGAUGUUCUCAGUUCACCCCCACACCGGGGAGGUGACAGUGAAUGGCGUUUUAGCUGUUCAGAGACCCCUUCUCGAGAUGCUCAUUGAGGCAAGGGACAAUGGGGCAUUUGGCAUGUCCAGCACAGCGAAGCUGCUGGUGGAAAUCACAGAUGUGAACAAUCACGGCCCAGAGAUUACAAUUACGUCCCUUUCCAGUCCCAUUCCUGAGGAUGCUGCUCCUGGCACAGUGAUAGCUCUGCUGAGUAUUUUGGAUAAGGAUCCUGGGGAGAAUGGGAAAGUGACCUGCCAGAUCUCUGAAAACCUUCCCUUCCAGUUAAAGCCUUCCCUUCAAAACUACUACAGCCUUGUCACCAGUGAGCUUCUGGACCGAGAGCUGAUCAGCGAGUACAACAUCACUGUUACUGCCACAGACUUGGGUUCUCCUCCUCUCACCACUCAGAAGAUUGUUUGGGUGCAGAUUUCUGAUGUGAAUGAUAACCCCCCCGUCUUCAGUGCUGAUGCAUUUGAUGUGUUUGUGGAGGAGAACAAUCCACUUGGUGCUUUUCUCUAUCAGGUCUCGGCAUCUGACCCUGAUAUAGGGGAGAAUGGACGGGUCUCUUUCUCUCUCAGGAAUUCCACAGUUGCAGGCAGUGCCCUGACCAGCUUUUUGUCUAUGGACUUGGCCAAUGGGAGCAUCUACGCAAAACGUGCCUUUGAUUUUGAGCAGCUUAGGAGCUUCCAUUUCCAAGUGGAAGCCAAGGACAAUGGGUCACCAGCCUUGAGCGCUGCCAUAACAGUGAAUGUUUACAUCUCAGACCAGAAUGACAAUGCCCCGGCCAUCCUGUACCCCACCAGCCACAACGGCUCGGUAGCUGUGGAGGUCGUGCCCCGCCUGGCUGAUGAGGACUACCUGGUGACCAAAGUGGUGGCAGACGACGAGGACAAUGCACAGAAUGCUUGGCUUUCCUAUCACCUCAGCCACGCCUCCGACUCCACGCUGUUCCAGCUGUCGCCGCACACGGGCGAGCUGCGCACCACGCGCUCCCUGCGCUCCACCGACUUCCUCAAGCACAAGGUGGUGGUGGUGGUGCGGGACCACGGGGAGCCCCCGCUCUCCUCCACCGUCACCGUGGGCAUCCUGCUGGCGGACACCCUGCCCCAGGCGCUGCCGGAUUUCGACGACAGCGGGGAGGCGCCGCCGCUGCUCAACGCUACGAACAUCUACUUGAUCGUUUCGCUUGCCUGCGUCUCGUUCAUCUUCGCAGCGUUCAUCUUCUUCCUCGCCAUCGUCCGGCUGUGCCGCUGCCGGACUUGCUGCUGCUGCUGCCCAGCUGAUGACUACAAGAAGUAUUGCUACAGCGUGCACAUGCUUCCCAGCUCCCACCUCCCGCCGGACAUGCUGGAGGUCACUGGUGUGGGUAAACUCACUCACACCUACUUGUACAGGGCAUCUGUAGGUCUUGGGCCUAGCAACAGCAGCAUCCCAAAUGGAGAUGCUGGGAAUGUUGCUAGUGGCUCGAGGUUACAAGUGCCAGGACCCUGCAUCCAAGUGCAGCAGGUCCAAAGUGACCGGUCGAGUGUUGUCCUCGUGUCCUCUGUCACAAGGGGAGAGGAGGAAAAAACGAAUCCUCUGGGUGGAAGCAGCGCAGGGGUGCCCGUGGAGGCUGGGCAGGGGGAUGGUGCUGCAGCAAGGAUGAAUCUCCGAGGGAGCAGAGGGGCAGCGCUGCUGCAGCAGCAGCGGGUCCACAAGCGAGCUGUCAGCUCCCCGCGCCCCCAAAGCUCCGGCAGCGAGGCCGGGGCGGAGACGAGGAGCGGCGGGGGCGGCACAGGAGCCGCGCCCCUCCGGGCUGGGCGAGCACCGGCGCCGCGGGCCGCGGAGCUCCGGGGCCGCAACACGUGGGUGGAUCCGCGGCGGCUGGCGGCGAGGGGAGCGCGGAUCACCUCGGGCAGCGGGCGGCAGUACCUGGAGCUGGAGCUGGGCCGCGGGGCGCUGCUGGUGCGGGAGCGCAUGGACCGCGAGGCGCUCUGCGAGCUGAGCCCCUCCUGCUUCCUCAGCCUGGAGCUGGUCAUCGAGCAGCCCAUCGAGGUGCACAACGUGGAGGUGGAGGUGCUGGACAUCAAUGACAACGCGCCGCGGUUCCCCCGCCAGGAUUACCGGCUGGAGAUCAGUGAGUCUGCCGUGCCCGGGGCGCGUUUCCACAUCGAGAGUGCCCAGGACCCUGAUGUGGGCACCAACUCCGUGCAGAACUAUCUGCUCAGCCCCAGUCGCCACUUUGCCCUGGACCUUAAAGGCUUCCAGAGUGGCAGCAAACUCCUGGAGCUGGUGCUGCAGCAGACACUGGACCGGGAGCAGAGUGCCCUGCAGCAGCUGGUGCUGACUGCUGUGGAUGGGGGGGAUCCCCCCAAAUCCGGCACAGCCCAGAUCUCCGUGCGAGUCGUGGAUACCAAUGACAACCCACCUGCCUUUGACCGCUCCACCUACACCGUGAGCCUUCUGGAGAACUCCCUGCCCGGCACGCUAGUGGUCAAACUGAAUGCCUCAGACCCGGAUGAGGGCUCUAAUGGGGAUGUGAUCUACUCCUUCGGCAGCUACACCCCCCAGAAGGUGAGACAGCUCUUUACCGUGGACCCCCAUUCAGGGGAGGUGCGGGUUAAUGGCACUUUGGACUAUGAGGAGGCAUCCUCCUAUGAGAUCUAUGUGCAAGCCACUGAUCAGGGCCCUGUCUCUAUGGCUGGGCACUGCAAGGUGCUGGUCAACAUCGUGGAUGCCAAUGAUAAUGCUCCUGAAGUGGAGCUGACCUCCCUGUACAGCCCAGUGCCGGAGGAUGCAAGGUCAGGAACUGUGGUGGCCCUGAUGAGUGUCACCGACCAGGACUCAGGGCUGAACAAGCAGGUGAGCCUGCGCAUCCCCCCCGGCCUCCCCUUCACUCUCAACUCCUUCAAGAACUCCUACACCUUGGUCACCCAGGGCAAACUGGACCACGAGAAAGCAGCAGCCUACAACAUCACAGUUACUGCUACUGAUUCUGGGAGCCCCCCUCUGUCCUCCCAGAAGGUGAUCCAUGUGGAGAUCUCCGACAUCAAUGACAAUCCCCCACGCUUCGAGGAGCCUGUGUACUCAGUUUACAUCCCUGAGAACAACCCCAUUGGAGCCUUCCUGUGCACUAUUAAAGCCACUGACCCAGAUGUCGCCAAAAAUGCCCAUGUGUCCUAUUCUCUACUGGAUGGAGAGAUUGAAGGGCUGCCAGCUGCUUCCUAUGUCUCCAUUAAAUCCGACAGUGGCAACAUGUAUGCUGUCAGGUCCUUUGACUAUGAGACACUGAGGGAGUUCCAGGUGAUUGUCCAGGCUCAGGAUGCUGGGAUCCCACCACUGAGCAGCACUGUCACUGUCUACAUCUACGUGGUGGAUGAGAAUGACCAUGCUCCACAGAUUCUGUAUCCUACCUCAACCAACACUUCAGCAGCCCUGGAGAUGAUCCCACGCUCGGCAUAUGCUGGAUAUUUGGUAACCAAAAUUAUAGCCAUUGACGGGGACUCAGGACAAAAUGCCUGGUUGUUCUUCUCCCUGGUGCAAACCUCAGAUCCAGGUUUGUUCAGGAUAGAGCUCCACACUGGGGAGAUCAGGACUACUCGCAAACUGGGGGAGGACAGCACUCCUACUUUCAACCUGACGGUGGAGGUCAGAGACAAUGGAGAGCCAUCGAUGUCCUCAUCAGUAUCCAUCACUAUUGCUGUGGUGGACAGAGUUUCCAAAAUCAUCCCUGAUAGAAGAAGACACUUUAAAAGCCCAAGCAAUUACUCAGAGGUCACUCUUUAUCUCAUUAUCGCUUUGAGCGCCAUCUCCUUCGUUUUCCUUUUCACAAUCAUUGGGCUUUCUAUUAUCAAGUGCUACAGAUACAGUCUGUAUGGGAGCUCCUGCUGUGCAGGGUGCUGUACUGUCAGAGAAAGGAGCCCUGCUGAAUUGUACAAGCAGGCCAACAACAACAUUGAUGCUAGAUUGCCCCAAGGUUUAAAAGUGCAGCCCCAUUUCAUUGAAGUGAGGGGCAAUGGGUCUCUCACUAAGACCUACUGCUAUAAGGCCUGCCUGACUGCAGGAUCAGGAAGUGACACUUUCAUGUUUUACAAUACCUGUGGCCCAACAGGAACUACUGGUCCCUCUGCAGUGGUGACUGAGAGGCAUCUGACAGGACAAAGUGGGCAGAGUGCACAAAACCUGAUCAUACUUAGAAAUGACUCCAUUACUCCUAAUGAGCCAAAACACCCCAAUCCGGACUGGCGCUACUCUGCAUCCCUGAGGGCAGGAAUGCAAAGUGCUGUGCAUGUGGAGGAGGCAGGAGUCCUGCGUGGAGGACCAGCAGGGCCUGAUCAGCAGUGGCCAACAGUCUCCAGUGCUACAGCAGUGCUCAUGAUGUAA